UCUUAUGUUCUUACUAGCAGGGGUUCGAUACGUCAUAAGCUGUCAGUGGCCCUUACAACCCCAACAAGACGAAGACGGAAGACGGCCUCACGCACGCUCUUUCACCCAACACAAGGCCAACAUAUGGAUGAACAAGGAAGGUCCUAAACGUAAAAAAAACAGGAAACGUUCAAAGAAGAGGACACCUCUGAUUGGGACCUGUACAUCAUCCAAUCCAGGAGAGAUCAUAGGAGAGCCACCACAAAGACCAACCUUAGUAUCUUCAGAAGUUGAAGCACUGCAGGUGGAGUCACCAAAGUCAGCAGAACUUGGAAAUUGUCUUCGGCAGUCAAAAGUCACAUCCCCAAGGAAAGGACCUUCACAAAAACCACUGUGCAAUACUGGAUCACAGAAAACAGAGCCUUUAUUGUCAGGACUGCAUGUAACACAGCCUAAACAUACAGAGAUAGCCAGUGGUGACCCUUCAAAGACAGCACUAAAAGUGGCUUCUUCAAAUGGACCAGUUUCCACAUUAUUCACACUGAAUGUUGAACAAACACAACAAAGGGCAUCAAAGAUCAAAAGUUCAAAGACAGCAAAUACAGAAUCUAUGAAAAUAACACAAUCUAAAAUUAGAACUUCAGAGUCUGAAACUCAGCCACAAGUGCUUUUAGAAGGCAAAACAAAAUUGAAACAGGUAAAUAAAAAAUCUCCACAAAAGACAUCGGCUUCAUCAGAAUUAAAUGUUGCACAAGGGUGUAAAUUACCCUUCAUCCCUGUUUCAGAACUACUAGUAGCAGACACGCACUCAUCAUCCAUCCCAGCUGUAAAUGUAGAAAACACUCAUUCAAAACCAAAUGUGAAGGAGAAAAAUACCUCAUCAGUAACAGAGGAAACACAUAUGCCAAAUUUACCCCCAAUGCAGUUUGAACUGAAUACAGUCAUCAUGUCUGAAGCAAAAAAUAAGUUAGAUCAUCUGUGUAAUCUUUUGGACAGUAUUGUAAUUGAACAUAGUGGUAAGGAAGGAUACAGCACUAAUACUGUUAUACCUGUUCUAGUUGACCAAACUGCCAAAGGAACAUCAGAAGUCGCUGUUAUCCCAUCAAAAUUUGAAUCUCUCCCUGGUACUGUGUCAGAAUGUCAAGGAGAAAAAACUAAGGAAGACAUAGAACAUGAAAGAAAGGCUCGAAAAGAAGCAAAAGCAAUGAAGAAGAAAGGUGGAGACAAGAGUAAAAGUGAAAAUGAUAAACAGGAGAACUUUAAUUGCAUUAAAGUAGAGAAAAAGAAGGCAGUUCAACAAGGAAAGCCAUUGGUAGUGUCUGCUGUUACUGAGGAGAAACUCCCUAGAGGCAAGCAGGAGCCAUCAGGGUCAUCUGUACCAUCUCAGGGCACUAGCCAGGAAAGUACAACUGCAAAAUCAAAAGCAGAUUUGAAGAGAGAGAGGCGUGAAAAGCAGGAGGCUCAGAGACAAGCAAAAAUGAUAGCAAAGGCUAAAGAGGUAGAAAAGCAAACAAAGGGACAGGAACAGGUCCAUCUUAGUAAUGAUAAAGCAAAGCCAGCUCCAAAGAAAAAGAAAUCUGCAGGUGAAGGAGCAAAGCGAUCGAGGGAUAGAAGGAUUCCCUUACUGGGUCACCUCCCUCUACAUUUCUCACAGCUACCCAUUUACCCUGUCAACUGUGAUGACAUCCAUCCAGCUGUCAGAACUCUUGGAUUGAAAAUGAGGGACCGUAUUGUGGAUGGCUCAACAGCUAGAGUUGUUUCUACGCUGGCUGCUCUGAAACGAUUCAUUAAUGAUUAUCGAACACCCGAGUCAUGUGAUCUUUCUCGUGAUUUAGCUGAAAAAUUGCUGCCAAAUGUGGCAUUUCUCAAUGCUUGUCGACCUCAUGCUAUUGCCAUGGACAAUGCUAUACGGUUCUUAAAGCAUAAGGUGAAUAGCAUCGAGGCAAGCAUGCCUGAAGCACAAGCCAAGGAUGAAUUACGAACAGCUAUCGAUGAUUACUUACAAGAGAACAUAAACCUGGCCAGCAGCACCAUAGCUUCACAUGCUGCAUCCCUCAUCGAUGACGGAGAUGUUAUUCUUACUUUUGGAUAUUCUGCUGUGUUGAUUGAGGUGGUUGAAGCUGUUUGUAAAGGAGGUAGUAACAUAAGUGUUGUGGUGGUGGAUUCUCCACACCCUUCUUCCGGUGUGUCUAUGGUCAAGAAACUCUCCUCCAUGAGUGUCACUACUUACUACCGCCUCAUUACAGACGUCACACAUAUUAUGCACAAGGUCACCAAAGUUGUGGUAGAGGCCGAGGCAGUGAUGAUGAAUGGGGCGAUUCAAGGAAUAUGUGGCACUGCUGGCUUAGCCCUGGCUGCAGCUACUCAUGACACACCUUUUAUUGUGCUCUGUCACACCUACAAGUUCUGUAACAAUGACCUCACUGACUCUCUGGUUAUUAAUGAAUUAGGAGAUGCAGACAGUAUUGUUUCAUGCCCAUCAAGAGAAUACUUUGGUCUUCUUGAUAACUGGCGAGAAACCCAGAACUUAAAUGUUGUUAGCCUUGUCUAUGAUGUGACACCAGCCUGCUUGGUAACAGCUCUUGUUACAGAGCAGAGUGUUUUGCCAACAUCUGCUGUACCUGUGAUCAUCCGUCGCAAUUAUGCUGAUAUUCUCGGCCAGGACUAAUUGAUACUUUUUUUGUAAUUUUGUUUACCUCCCAGCCCAGAUGGUACACUGUCUCUGGUUUACUUUUCCUGGCUACCAAUUUUAUUACUUUGCACUUGCUGAGGUUGAACUCAAGUAGCCACUUCUAUUGUACAUACAGGACACUAAGCUGUGUAAAUUGCCAAUUUUACUAAACAAAUUGUUUAUAAAAUGUCUCUUUCAUUUGAAUACUUUGUGGAGUUUUAAUGACUACUAAAAUUUAUGACUAUAAUUAUACAGAAUAUUCCAAGAAAUUAAUAAAAACAAUGCUGUAGCAGUAGCAAGAAUUCAUAGUUUUCUAUGAUUACGUAGUUCAUGUUAUGUGCAAAGGAUGCUGGUCCAUCCAGAGUCUCUCGUUACAGUGUCUCCAUCAGUUGUAGUAAUACUUGUUUAGUAUACAUAUCUAAUUAUGUGUAUGGCAAUGCAGUAUGUAUUUGUAAUUAAUACAUUGGUAUUGUCUAAUAUUACAAUAUUCACGACAGAGUGCUACAGCCUGUGUAUCACAUAAUGUAAGGUACUCUCACUUGUUAUACAAUACUGCCAUCAUUGCUUUGUAAGGUGUUUUACAUGGAAUGUAGUAAUGUUUGUAAAUGUAACACAUCUGUCCUAAAUAUGAAUAUUCAUUAUACUGU